AUUUUAGAAUUUGUCUACAUUGAUUAUUUUGAUUUCAUAUAAAAAUAGAAAAGUAGCCAUUCAAUAUGGGUGUUAGAUAUGAAUGUGACCUACCACCAGAUGUUCUGAAGAAAGCUGUAGCAGAAUUGAACGAACCUCAAGAUAAUGAUGCAAGACUUGCUGAAAUCGAUAAACUACGUAAUAGAUUCGAGGAGGAACAAGAUGAUCUUGAACUCAUCCGAACAGAUGACAUGUUUUUUUUGAGGUUUUUACGAGCAAAGAAAUUUAAGCACGAUAAGGCCUACAAUAUGCUUGUAAACUAUCACAAACAGAGAAGGGAUUUCAGGGAAGUUUUUGACAAGGUGGACAAUCCUGAAGCUCUCACGGAAUAUAUGAUGAAUGGAGCUGUUGUCCCAAUCAAGCAAAAAGCAUCCGAUGGCUCUGCAGUGGUGAUUGGUCAACCCGGUAAAGGAAUGCCUGAUACAGCAUUGAUGUCUGACUUCCUGGCUAUGAUCAUUUUGGUUACCGAGAAUCUACUGAAAGAUGAGACUAUUACCGUUUACGGAAUGACCGUCAUAGUCGACUACUCGAACUUCAAUCUCAACUUACUAAAGCAAUUCACUCCAUCAUUUGGAAAGAAAUUUGGCGGAGUUAUGGCGGACGCGAUGCCUGCAAGAUUGAAAAGCAUGAAUGUUGUAAAUGAAUAUAAGAUAUUCACAAUAAUUUACAACAUUAUGAAACCAUUUACCCGAGAAAAAAUGCAGAAAAGGCUCGAACUCCAUGGCAGCAAUUUUACUAAUUUGCACAAAAAAGUCGAUCCUACGGGGCUACCACCUUUCCUUGCCGGAACGGGCCCGGAUCUGGACCUGGCGGGCUGGAAAAAUAGACUGUUGAAAUCAGUUGGCGAAGGAGAAGACACCGCAUUAUAAUAUCCUUGCUUUCGUAACACUUCUUCUAUUGUGCAUUUUUUGCUUCUUCGUGACAUUCUUCAAAGACCAAGAACGCGUGUCUUUCAAGACUGUCUUUGAUAACCGCUUUUUUGGCCCAAAAUGCCAUGCCUUCAUCAAAAUAAAUUAUGGAAUGUUUCAUAACUCUCUAGUCUAGAAUGUGCUAACUACGUAAAAUUAAGGAACAGGAAUGCAUAUAUGGAUAGCCUUCAAUUUAUCGAAAUUGUCUUCAAUAUGAAGUUCCUAUCCUAGCCCCAUGCAUGAGCUAAUCAAUUGUUCUACAAGGUAGCUCGAAGUAAAAUUGGUAUGCCAAUGUAGUUUGUGUAAAGGGACGAAUAAAUAUACACAUGGUUUACCUUCUACAUAAAAGAUAUUAAGAAUGAUUAACUGUGAUUUGCGUGCUAUCAUAUGACGCAAUUGUUGUGCAUUCGGGCACCAUAGUGUAGCAUGAAAUAUAACAUACGUGGGAUAUAUAUUGGGUUGUAGCGCAAAAAUGGUCAUGUUCAAAAAUUCAUAUACAAAAUUUUGAGGUCUACUAACGAAUUUUAUAACAAUUGUCAAAGGUUUAUAUGUGAUACCCUUCCAAGAUCAAAGUUAAAUGAAUGGCUCAUUUGCCAGACGUGUGAUUGAAAUAUGAAGGAGAACUAUGUAUUCCAAUAUUCUUCUGUGUGCUGUGCUUUCAUAUUUGAUGGUGUAAUAUAACUGUGUGCAAUAAAA